AUGUCUCAAGAGUCAGAGAAGACCGCGAAACGAAAGACAGGUGUUGUCGAUGCUGAUGAGAUCAUUUCGAGAGGGUCAGGGACAACGGCAAAGGAGUCAGACGAGGAUUACGCCAAGAACGCCUCUGAGACCAGAUGCUUCCUCACCAGCGUUCUCUUCCUGACCAGACUCCCAUGUCCCAUGUGGUUCCCCCUGGUUGGCGCCAUUGUCGGUCUCAUGAGCGCCCUGUGGUUUGACUUCAUGGCAUCGGUGCUACCUCUCAGCCUGGCAGCGACAGCGUCUGUUGCCGCCUCUGUGCGGCUGACUGGUUGCUUCCACGAGGACGGGCUCGGGGAUACGGUCGACGCCUUCGGGGGCGGGUGGAGUUUGGCACAGAUACUGCGGAUCAUGAAGGACUCCCGGGUAGGAACCUACGGCAGCAUCGCCCUCGCCCUUUUCCUUAUCGCCAAAGUUCAUCUCCUCGCCUCUCUCGGCCCGAGCGAGUGGAGAGUCGGCGGGGGACAAGGGGCCGGCCCCGCGCUAGUUGCUGCACAUGCCUUGGCGAGGCUGUCAGGGCCUGUCCUCAUGCGAGGCUGCCACUACGUCAUAGAUGAGGAGGAUCUCAAGGGAGGGUUCUACAACUGGUUCGCUCGCAGCAAGGAGCUUCUCUCCGUUCCUCGCAUCGUCUUCUCUGUCGUGCUCGCUUCCAUCAUCGCCUCUCUUGCAAUCGGCGUACAACAAGCCCUUGUCGCCCUUGCUAUCACCAUGGCGUCUUCGCUCAUCGCCGGGAUCUACGGGAAUCAAGUGAUCGGAGGAGUGAUAGGAGACUUCCUUGGAGCUACUGUCUGCAUGAUUGAGCUGCUCAUCUACAGCAGCAUAUGCGGCAAAUUGCCCUCCUCCCUUGCACCAGCUUUUCGCCUCGGGAUGGCUUAUCUCUUCCUUUGGUGCUACAAGGCGUUAGUGACUCGCAAGACUGACGACUCCAAGAAAGCUUGA